AUGUACGAUGCCAAUUACAAGCGAACGCCCAUAGGGGUUCCUGCGCACCCCAUGCCAGUGGACCAUUCCCAAUUACUCUUUCAGGUCAAUGGGUUUAGUUUUGAUACCAAGCAUGAUUCGGGAACAGAGAAAGGUCAAACGCCCCCUUACUGUGAAGUUGGCGAUUGGGAUUAUGGGAGUGCCCUAGAGCAGCUCAAGGAAUUCCUUGACAUCAUACCCGGCAUCAAUUUCUUAGGUAGCUUGUUCGACAUUCCUGACAGCCUUCCGAAUCGACAAAUGGACUGUUAUAUAAUGUACUGA